AUCCAAAAAACCUUGAGCUUUUUUCAAUUUCAUUCUGCGAUAUUUUGCACUGUUCAGCAACGUUCUUCAGAUAAAACCAGAUUUGUGCCAACGAUAGCUACCAGUUUAUGGAUCAAGUUAUGGCGGAAAGAAUCAGCGCAUUUCGCAUGGAAGUCUCCGACCUUGGUCCAAUACUCACUCCUCAGAAGGUACGAAGCAACGCAGACUUACCCAAAUCAUUUAAGCAGCAAGAUUCCUAUAAUUCCGUUAUAUCCAGUGAAACUUUGCCCAGCGCAAUGGACACCCCAGCUUCUUCAAUGUCUGGUGCGGAAACGCCAGUGGUCGAGAAAGUAGCAGAGGCUCAAAUAGCACCGAAAAGUGUGAAUGUUAAAUAUUCACUCGAAGUUUUUGACGAUUCGAAAACGUAAGUAAUUCUUUAUUUUUGUUACAACUCUAUUUGAGGUCAAUGUUCGGAUGAAAAACACGCAAAUGUGCGAGUUCUUUCAUGCGUGGCUCUUUGGGUUGUUUCUACGACGAAAGCUAACUUCGAACUUCAGUGAAUGGAGCCGAGUAUCUCAGCAUGACGAAGCCUUUGAUUUGAGUCAAGUCACUCGAGGAGAGAAGAAGGAAAAUAACCCCAAACAAAUUUCUCCCAUGGUAUUUGAAAUAAUUACCCAAGCAAAUGGCUAUGAUAAACGAACUCGGAAGUUUAAUCCUGAAGGGGCUAUAGAAAAUGCCCCUGCUCCCCCAUCAGCGGUGGAACCAGAACUACCACCUUUAAAACUCAAUAACCUAAUCGUCACCGAUAUCAUUGAGACGAGAAUGGAAAUCCACUCAGAUCACCUGAUAGACGUGAUCAGGGAGGUUGUCGACUAUUAUCCAUCGUAAGAGUUCUCGCUUGCUUUCCCCCUUGAUAUUUUACACUACUCGCAUACUGCAUAUGCUUUCCUGAAAUUACUCUCAUCAAGUUGAGAAAGUCAGUAUUGGCUUUGAAUCUACUGCAAGGUUUUCUCCGCUGGCCACGGACAAAUAAAGACGGCUUGGCUGAAUUUCCAAGCUUGAGCAUGUCGAAUACACUCUGACCUAAGCCACAGUCAAAACCUUGCUGGUGAUAUUGUUAUUAUACAAGAGCCUUACUGGGUACUGCUUCACCAUGAGAAAGAACUACGAAAAGUCGAGACACGACUCUCAUCAGUUCCCAAUACCUCCGACGAUGAAAAAGCCCAAGCAGAACACCUCCAUAUCUUGCUUGAAUUCAUCCGACCGCAUCUUGAGCGCAUCGUUCCCCCGAUUGAGCGUGGUUUGCAAAAAAAGGUCCCUGCGGUGACUUUUGAAGCGUUGUGGUAUCUACUCAAGCCUGGUACACUUGCUUACUGCCAAUUUGACGGUCAUUGGAUUGGCUGCGUAAUCAUGCAUUUGAAGAACAAAUUCAAGCAGGGUGAAAAGAAAGUGGAGAGAUUGAAUGUUCGUGUUUGGUUUCUCGACUUUUUCCUCAACAAACUCAAUCGCGCCUGGACGAGAUCUGACCGAGACCCUUCACGGAAAACAAAACAUGCAAUCCAACAAUUCGACGGCGAGGAGAACGUCACGAAUUUGCAGAUAAUUCCUAGAGAGUACUGGGAUGCCAUCGACAAAGGGGCGAGGCGAGAGUCGUUUGAGGCUCGAGGAUUGAAAAAGAUUACACUGCUUCAAAGUGGACAUCAGCAGAUGGCACACGAUGGCAUGUCUUUAGAAAAGGAGAGGCGAGUUGUAGGUACCUUAUUUAUGCUUUCUCCCUCUUUCAAAAUAUUCACACACGCAAGCUGCCGUCAUAAAUGACUUCGAAGAAAGAGCCAUCUUUCCUCCAGACUUCAAAUGAAGAUCAAGAAGAAGAAGCCCAAACCAAGUUCCCGGUGCUGACAUAAAUAUAGUAUGACGGCUCUGUCAUUGUUGAUGACCUUCAAAACAUCCAAGUGUCAUAUACAAUUGACCAUGUCUGGACAUUUCCUGCGAGUGGUGUAGCCGAUCUAUUGGACGACAAGUGGAUACGCAAGGUGGAAUCUGAUUCAACUUCACUUAUCUCCAAACUCGCGAAGUUGCUAGAGAUGGAGAACGAUGAUCCAAAAAAUCUCACGAAAGACCAAUGCUUCUUGAUGAGUCCAGAUGUCCCUUGCUUUGCAUUGGAUAACAAAUCGUGGAGUGAGUCUAGAUUUUCGUCUGUCAGGUGGACAAUCUCCCAAUCUCAGUUUUGUUUUUAAUUUCCGCUCAAUUAAACUUGCUGUUCGAACUCCACUCGAAUUAGAUCUGCCUGAUAAAAUUUAGAGCUUAUCACGCAAAAUUCGAAUAAAAAUCCCUGCUCCAUGUGUUCGCGAGGACUCGCAUGAAUGAGGCCAAUAUAGCUGACCCUCGCAGUGUCAACUCAUAUCGAUUGUUUACAUGAGAUAGAGGAGAGUACAGCCCCAACUAAAUUGGUCAUGGAGGAAACACAUCUCAAACUCAUCAAAUCCCUAGCUGAUAGCCAAACAAGUUCAAAGUCGGCAUGGGCUGCAGACUCCAUCAAGAAUAAGGGGAAAGGUGUGAUUAUUCUUCUCCAUGGACCACCAGGCGUGGGCAAAACAUACUCGGUAGAAUGUACAGCGGUUGCUACAAAGCGACCUCUUCUUGCUCUGACCAUUGCGGAUAUUGGUACCAAAGAGGACAGUAUAGAAAGCGAGCUUACGUCCUGGUUUUAUCUUGCGGAACGGUGGAAAGCAGUCCUGUUGAUUGACGAAGCGGACAUUUUCCUUGAACGACGGAAGCAUACUGAUCUUGCUCGAAAUGGAAUUGUCUCGGGUGAGUAAAUCUAUCUUUCUUUUCGUCUCCGAAGUCGUAUUAACGCGACUUUCGGUAGCUUUCCUCCGAAAGAUGGAGUACUUCAGCGGUCUGCUCUUCCUGACCACCAAUCGCGUUGGUCAUAUAGACGAAGCUUUCAUGUCUCGUGUUCACGUUGUGAUUGGCUUCCCACAACUUGACGAUAUUAAACGCCGUGAGAUAUGGCAAGGUUUCCUCGACAAAAUGAAAACCGAGACUGGAGGUAAAAUCCGACUUACCACUUCAGCAAAAACGUACAUCAUGCAGAGUUGGGAGGAUUUAAACAUAAAACUGAAUGGCCGAGAGAUUCGGAAUGCGCUGCAAACUGCUAUUGCGUUGGCAGAGUUUGAGGCGAAAGAGGACUCGGAUUACAGCGAGGAUGAAGUAAUAAAGGUUGAGAAGGAUCAUUUUGAAAGGGUUCUGUCGAUGAGUCGCUCUUUCCGAACUUACCUCGAUUCCAUCAAAAGCGAUACCGUGGAGAAACGAGCUCAAAAUCUGUAUGGACGAAAUGAUUAUGACGAAGUUUCGGAAGACCACCUUGGGCGGUGAGUAGGGUUCUGUGGAGAUACCCAGCAAGUAAAGGCCUUCUGAUAUUAGAGCAUGAAUUUCUAUAAACAGUUGCACAAACAUAGAAUUUGAAAGAUAUAGAGCUAUUUUAUGGUCUUCUUAUGGAGCCAAUUCACUUC